GAUUAUGUCAGAAUAAAAUUGUUGUAAAUAUUCAAAGUGUUUAUUUGAAAGUUGAAAAAGUAAGAAAAUUAAUUAUUUUAAACAACUCAAGAAAAUGUAAUUUGUAUAUCAAAUAUGGAUGAUAUUCAUCAAGAAUCAGCUAAACAAUUCCUUGUCACUUUAAAUUUGGAUGUAUUAAAUUCACUGGUUGGAACGGUUACCCAAUAUUUAGUAAAAGAAGAAUUCGAUGAAAAACAUGAUGCAAUUAAAGUAAUAUUUCGCCAUUCCCCUAACGUGAAAAGCAUUCUUAGGAGGAAAGUUAUAACAAAAGAAAUUUUAUUCAAAUAUUUAAGUGAAGAAAAUGUGACAUUACAUCCACCUCAUACUAAAGACUCUUUAAUCGAUUCUGUGUUAGAUUAUUGGGAUAGAAGAAUCUCAAGAAAUAAUAGAAAUAGUGGAAAUAAUGAAACUCCAAUUCCUAAUAAUGGAACAAGAAAUGAAACAAUAUCUGAAGAAGUAGCCACAUAUGAACCAAAAGCAAAUAAUCGAGUCCAAAAGAAUGAAACGAAUGUAAAUGAAAUGGCUGUUACCUUUUCUGAAUGGUUUUAUAAAAUGUUUAAUGAUAAUAAACCAAUUGGUGUUGAACAUUUUUGGAACGAUUGUAAUUUCAAAUUAAAUUUAAAAAGUGGUGAAACAAUUUGUAGUGAUACUGUAGAAAAUAGUGCUGAAAAUACUGUUAAGUUAUUAUAUGAUACCAAAAUGACUCAUCGAAUAUAUUUAAAUCCAAAUCUAUUACCAGAAGGUUGUCAAGGUCGAAUUGAUAACCAUGGCGUUGUGUUAGUAUUAGCUUGUGGUACAAUUCAUUUAGAUAACUCUUGUGUAGGUGUUUUUGAGCAAGUGUUCGCGUUAGUUCGAGAUCCUUUAAUCUGUAAUAAUUGGAAAAUUAAAUAUACAGAAUUAAAUUUGCGUAAUCAGCCGAAUACAAGCUCAACGCCACGAUUAACUGAUCAUGAAUUAACAAACAAAUUAUUAGAA